GAGGCAGAUAGGCUGGAGGAGGCAGAGACAAGGAAGCAUGAUACUAACUGUGGCCAGGAAGUGGUGGAUAAUACAUUUACAAAUUUUAAAAAUUCAGUUAUUUGGACAGUGUAAGAGUGGGGAUUAUUAUGCGGAUGACCAGCUCAUACAUGGAAACAAAGAAGAACGAGUAGGACGUCAACAAUUAAAAGACGGUGCAUUUGCUGAUUCCUAAAUUCAAAAUGUUCUGGCUUGCAAUACUGCCUUCGAACACCUGGAGGCGCCACUAGUCCUAAUGUUCAGAGUCAUUGAGACCCACUCUAGUCUUGGAUACAGAAUCCCUGUUGUCAAACGUUGCUAAGGAAGUGAGGGACGCGAUUACAUUGGUUAAGUUAGUCUCCCUAAUAACAAACAGCGACGAACAAGAGUGUUUGCUGCAAUGAGAGAUCUUCAUCCACCUGAUAAGAGUCGGUCACAGACAUGACAAGACGAUGACUGCAAAUGGGGAGGAUGGCAGCCUCCAUCUGGAUUCAGUUGUCAAAGACAGCAGGCCACUCAAGACCUCCUUAGUAGAUGGAAAACCUGGCAAAGAACACUAUGUUGCCCAACAAAAAACUUUGACAAAUGGGACAGAUGCUACUGUAUAUAAACCCCUCCCACCCUUACUACCCCGGCUGUCUAAGUCCAGUCGGAGUAGCUCACUGGAGGAGACCGUGCGAAACCGCAGGCUGAGAAAUAGCCAGGAAAGCCUGAGUGACCGAGCCGAUACCGGCUCUUCUACAGACUCUCUUAAAGAAGAGAUGAUGGUAUCUGCACUGGGGGCUGUUGUCAGCGCUACUGCUACCAUUUCAAAUCAGGACUCCAGUGUAAGACCCCUCUCUGCUGCGUCAACAAGACAGUCAGCUUUCAGGAACAGGGGAAGCAGCCUGUCUGAGGUGGGACGCAGGCCCCGCAGUCAGCAAAGUGACCUUACAGAGCACGGGAUGAGGAUCUCCAAGUUGUGUCUGUCUCCCGUGCGGGCUUCGGUGCCACUGCCUGCCUUGGAGAAAAGCUUUGUGUCAGCUACUAUAAAGGCUGCUAAAAGGAUUGACAGGGAUUGUUUGGAUUAUGCCGUGUUGGCCAGAGAGAAGCUUGGGGAAAGACUCCACCGGAAUCUGAGUGACAGCCGGCUUCUGGAGAACAUGGGCUCUGAUAACGCCUCCGUCAACUCUCUGAGAUCUACCUACAGUGUGCUCAGCCCCAUCAGACCUCAGGAUGUUCGGAACAGGAGUUUUUUAGAGGGUAGCCUCAUGGGAAGUGGCGCUCUACUAGGAGCUGAGGAACUGGACCGCUACUUUCCAGACAGGAAACUGAGCAUUUACAUCGUAACAUGGAACAUGCAAGGAGAAAAAGGGCUGCCAGUCAACCUGGAUGAUCUCCUCCUUCCUACAGACUCUGAUACUGCACAAGACUUUUAUAUUAUUGGGGUUCAGGAGGGCUGUCCUGACAGAAGAGAAUGGGAGACCCGUCUCCAGGAAACACUGGGGCCUUAUUAUGUCAUGCUGUACGGAUCAUCACAUGGUGUUCUUUAUCUCACUGUGUUUGUGCGGAGAGACCUCAUCUGGUUCUGCUCUGAAGUGGAGCACGCUACGGUAACAACCAGGAUUAUCUCCCAAAUCAAAACCAAAGGAGCUGUUGGAGUCACGUUUACCUUCUUUGGAACUUCCUUCCUCUUUAUUACAUCCCAUUUUACCUCUGGAGAUGCUAAAGUCUAUGAGAGAAUCCUAGAUUACAACAAAAUCAUUGAGGCUCUGGCUCUUCCAAAAAGUCUCCCAGAUACAAAUCCGUACCGAUCAACACCGUCCGAUGUCACCACAAGAUUCGACCAAGUAUUCUGGUUUGGUGACUUUAACUUUCGUCUGAGUAAGGAGCGAAGUGAUGUGGACGCCAUGAUGAAACGCACAGAGGGAGGAGACAUGAGCGUCCUGUUGGAACACGAUCAGCUUUCUAUUGAGCUUAAGGAUGGCUCAAUCUUCAAAGGCUUCCAGGAGGCAUCCAUACACUUCUUCCCCACCUACAAGUUUGACAUCGGUUGUGACAUAUAUGACACAACCUCCAAACAGAGGACGCCCUCGUACACAGACAGGAUCCUGUUCAGAAAUAGACAGGCUGAUGAUAUACAAGUGGUCAAAUACACCAGCUGCUCCAGCAUCAAGACCUCAGACCAUCGACCCGUCAUCGGUGUUUUCCAUGUUAAAUUACGGCCAGGUAGAGACAAUAUUCCUCUAGGAGCAGGGCAGUUUGACAGAGCCUUGUAUCUGGAGGGCAUCAGGAGGAGGAUCACCAGAGAGCUGAAAAGAAGAGAAGCCAUGAAGAACCAAAGUAACAGCAGCAUCUGCUCCAUCUCUUAGUGACCCACUGGUCCACGAAGGACCAGACUAGACUAAACUGGACUGUUCCAGGAACAAGAAGGUGGAAAGGGGUCCAAAUCUAAAUCCAAAAACAGUGAGUCUCAUCUCCUUACAAACUGGGCUAAGUCCGCCCUCUAAUGGCCAUUCUCACAAACUGUAUGUGUCUGUGUCCUGCUGGAGCAGGUAUUAUUAUCUGACCACACUUAAGGGCAGGGACCUUAAGGUCAACUCACAUGAGUCAAAGUAAGGGGUGAGGGUCACAUGGUGCAAUGUAAACUAAUGUAACCCUGCAGACUGAGUGUAUGUUUUCUUAUUUUCUUAUUAAUAUUUAAAGCAUCCCAGGUUACAGUGUUACCUUUAACUCUUGUGUGAUAUAUUUUUUACAUAAAUCAGCAUUAGAGAUUCAGGCGUACAUUUUUGGUGAUUAUUAAACAGAGAGAUGAAACGUCCAGUACAGCAGUUCGUAGACAUAAAAAGGAAAACAUGUCCAGAUAGUUUCCAGGGGUUCUGAUCACCUUUCAUACAGUCACACGACCCUUCGGUGGUGUUCAAUUUCUUUUUAAUUUUCUCCAUUAAUGACAGACCUUUUUACCAUGAGAAGAAUCCUAUUGUUCCUAAAUACGCUUUGAAACUUAUUAGUAUUUCAAACAUAUUGGUUUAUGUCUGGAUAUAGAAGGAUGCUGCAGUUAUGAAUUCAUCAUGGCAGUGGUUCUUGGACUUUUCACACUGCGUACUACUAUUGGUCUGUUUAUGAAGUCGCACUUCAACUGGACAUUACAUCUAAUUCUCUUGUGUCCACUCCAGUCUCGGCAGGCCUGUUUGUAGCACUGAUCAUUUCUUUAACCCAUUUCCCAAGUCUCUUUUUGAGAGUUCCAGUUUGAAGCCACGACUGCACUUUUUUUUUUUUUUUUAGCUUAACACUAAUUAUACCGUCACUGUUUUACCAAUCAGUGCUCACAAGAUAGAGACCGUGUACCACAUAUGGCACGCAUACCAUAGUUUGAGAACAACUGCCUUACAAAAAUGUUCGUAAGAACGACUACGUGAUCUCCUUGAUGACAGGUUGCUAAACUCAUUCCCUGUAAAGUUGGACGUUAGAUGGUACUGUUACUCACUAAAACUCAUCAGGACAAAGUACGACUCCUCCGCAGCUGAUCGUCACUUCUUGCCUUACCGCUCGUUCUCCCUGCUGCGUAUCCUCACAUAUACUGUAUAUGUGUAACGUACUGUAUGUUGACAUUAAUGAACCUGCAUUUCCAGCAUGAGAGCACUGCGCUCCACAUGAAGUGCCUGUAGGUCAGGGUUUCAUUUCUUCACAACAUUUUCAUUUUUUUUAUGUUUACAUGUGAGCUCACAGCCAUUAAUAAACAUUUUAAAAACACAGCAUUUCACGACCGUGUUGUUUGUUUGUUAAUGAUUACAAUUCUUAAUCUAGAUAGUGACAGGAUAUCUGUGGAUUAAUCACGAUUAUUCCUGAUUAAUCAAGAUGAAACAACAUUCCUAUAUUUUUUUGUCCUAAAUGACAAAAAUAUUUUUUCUGCAGGUAGAUUUUGACCAAUCCAUUAAGCCAUUAGACCAUUUUGCCAGUGGUAGAUUUACUUGCUGCCCUGUACUCCAUUGGGCUGGUAUUUAACGCUUUAAGGUGCUUUAGUAAAAAAAAGUCUUUCCAGCAGCGUGUGUAAAUAACCACAUAUGAAUUGAUUAACCGCACUGAAGGCAUUGAUUUUGACAGGCUUAGUUUUGGUUUAAAAGUAUAAUUACAUUUAAUGGUCAGUGGGUUUACAUUUUAAGACUGUGUUUAUUGAAAUUUACAGUCACACUCACAAUGACAGAAAAAGGCUUUAGAUCUUUCCAAAACAUUUGAGAAAUCGUUGAUAGAGUUUUCGGUCAACACGACAUUUGUAAAAGGGCUCACUGAUUUCUUUACCAGUGCUC